GGCGGCCUUCAUGUAUCUGUGUUUAUUUAUUCUUUGUUACGUCCUUCCGUACUAUGCACAGCCACAGGCUAAAGUGUUAUCUCUUCCUCUGGUAAUUAAUACAUGGCCUUUUACAAAUGCAACAAAAAAAGGUUGGGAAGUGAUCUAUACGAAUAAAGGCAGCAACUUGGAUGCAGUGGUAGCUGGAUGCACAGAGUGCGAACAGCAACAAUGUGAUGGAUCCGUUGGAUUCGGAGGUAGUCCGGAUGAAACAGGGGAGACAACUCUUGAUGCCAUGAUCAUGGAUGGAGACACUCAUGAUGUUGGAGCAGUUGGUGAUUUGCGUCGAGUGAAAAAUGCUAUUGGAGUCGCCAGAGCUGUGAUGGACCACACAGAAAACACACUGAUAGUGGGAGAAUCUGCUACACGUUUUGCUAUAGAAAUGGGUUUCAAGGAAGAAAGCCUGGCAACAAACUCUUCACUAGCAGAGUGGAAAAAGUGGAAAAUGUCAAAUUGUCAGCCAAAUUACUGGAAGAAUGUAGUUCCAGAUCCAAAGACACACUGUGGUCCAUACACGCCCGAACACAGCCAGCUGUUACGAGAUAGAGAUUUUAAGAAACCUGUCAGCCGUUUGAAUCAUGACACUAUUGGCAUUAUUGUGAUUGAUGACAAGGGCCGUGUGGCUGCAGGCACAUCCACCAAUGGCCUCACAUUUAAGAUUCAUGGCCGUGUGGGAGACUCUCCAAUCAUGGGGGCUGGAUCUUACGCCAGUAACGAAGCCGGAGCAGCUGCCGCUACAGGCGAUGGUGAUAUUAUGAUGAGAUUUUUGCCCAGUUUCAAUGCUGUUACUAUGCUUGCUAACGGGAUGUCUGUUGAUGAAGCUGCAAAGCGCUCUAUUCAGCCAAUCAUCCGAUACUACCCCAAGUUUGUUGGUGCAGUCAUUGUGGCCAAUGUCAGUGGUGACUAUGGAGCUGCCUGUCAUGGUUUGAAGUCUUUUCAUUUUUCUGUGAGAGUGAAGGAGAUGUCUGAUGUUACUGUGGUGGAAGUGCCAUGUAUAUAGCUUUAUAUUCUAGUCUCUUGUUGGAUGUAUGACACAACUAUAGCAGAAGUGAUCGAAGUUUCAUGUAUAAAGCUCUACAUUCUUGCAGGGCUCACACUGGGGAUAAUUUUCUUUUAGCCAAUUUUCAGAUAUGUAGGGUGUUAUUUCUUUGAAUAAUAUGACAAAAUAGCUAAUUUAAACAAUUUUAUUAGCCAAAUACUACAUGUAGACUCUUUCAGGCAUGGUGAAGCAGGUGGGGCUGGGGAGGCUCUAGUGCACCCAAUAAUUCUGAGUAAAAAAUAUUGGUUGUAAAUUAUUUAAUAUUAUUACCCCCCCUAUAAACUAAAGCGCUUAGCACGCUCAAUCACUGUCAGCCCCCCCCCCCCCCCCCCAAUGUCUACUUGCUUCUGCCAUGCCUGAUUUUGUAUUAAAAUUAGCAAUUGACUAAUUUGGCAAUGGACAGGGUGAGCCCUAUAUGUGUGUUAAUCUGUUUAGCAAUAAUGCACCAAAACAAAUAUAAAAUUUUAAAGGUAUGUAAUAAAAAUCAUGACAAAAAUGAUGUUACACCAUCAGGGCCCUGUUCCACGAAGCGAUCUUAGUGCUAAGAUCACCUUAAAUGCAUAAGUGGUUGUGCACUUAAGGUGAUCUUAGUGCUAAGAUUGCUUCGUGGAACUGGGCCCUGGGGCCUGAUUCACAACGGUCUCUUAGGCUCUGCUAGACAACAAAGCAUCCUCUUUGUAAGUCUUUUAGCAUUGUACUAUGAGAUCACAAAGUUGUGAGAGUUUAGUGAAUUAGGCUCCUGCCAUUUGAAUAUUCAAAAUCAUAUAUCUGCACAAGACUAAUUCCAAAAGAUGUUAUGAUGAGGGUAUGCAGCUGUUACACACUGUUGAGUGCUUUGCCUACAAAGGAGAGGUGAUCUUGACCACGAAGUAUGGUUCCAACUCUGUCUGUAGGACUGCCGCUUUAUGGUGUGCACCAGUACUGGCUCCAAGAACCAUUCCAUAUCUUCUGUGACACGACAUGUCUGAAAACACACAUAGAUGGGUUUGAGUAAUAUUUCAAGCAAGGAACUAAGUAUUUUAUGGAAAUAAUGCUCAAGUUAUUUCGAGGGCAAUAUACUUUUAAAAAUCUAUAUUGAACAAUAAUUAAAAAAAAUGGUGUUUUGUUUAACAACACCACUAGAGCACAUUGAUUUAUUGGAGAGGUAACUUUCUACAUUUUUUCAUUUGUACCAAGGAAUCUUUUAAGAGCACCAUCCCACAGACAGUAUAACACAUGCCAUGGCUGGAAAAACAAAUAGCCCAAUGGAGCAACUGAUGGGGAUCGAUCCUAGUCUGACCAUGCAUCAUGCAAUCACUUUAUCACUAGGCUACAUCCUACUCACCUGAACAGUGAAAUGAAAUGAUCAAGGAUAAUUACACCAUACAUCAUGCAUAUUGAGUGGAAAUCAUCCUAGAAACAAUAUAAUUCAUCAUUUAAUGUAAAUGUAUAUCACCGGUAAGUGUAUGUUUUACAUGUGUUGUUAUAUUUAUAUACAUUGUAAAAAGUUAUUAAUCAAUGAAAUAAAAAUGGAUUUUUC